AUGGAUUUGCCUAAAGUGCUGCUCAUAGGAACAAUUUAUUGUGCAUCUUCGGAAUGGAACAAUUUAUCGGAUAUUGCGGAAUUAAUUCAUCUGAAUGAUGGAAACAGAGAUACUUUUCGCAAUAGUUGCCAUUCUGGGCAUUAUGAUGGAGUGGUAGUAACAAUAAGAUGUGAAGAUGCUUACAAAUACACUGGCCGCUUUGACACCGAUCUUAUUCAAUCUCUGCCAAAAUCGGUCAAAUUCAUAUGUGCUCCUCAGUGCCUAUUUCGAAUGAUUGGCAUCGCCGUUUCAAACUCCCCAGCGAAUAUUGGUAAUGCAACAGCCGAUGCUGCUAUGUACCUUUUGCUCGGUGCUUUACGCCGAUCAUGGAUUUCUUCUUUGUCCAUCCGAAAUGGUCAAUGGCGUGGGUAUGCUGGGCUAGGACAUGAUCCGGAAGGAAAGGUUCUGGGGAUUCUCGGCAUGGGCAAUAUUGGUAGUGUAGUAGCCAAACGUGCCGCAGCGUUUGACAUGCAUAUUCAAUAUUACAGCCGCAAUCCUCUUCCGCGGAAAGGACACCUCCAGUUGUCAGAUAUGUUUCCUUUGAAGACCUUCUCAGGACAAGCGAUAUUAUUUCAGUACACCUUGCACUCUCGGAUGAUACUAGCUAGGUACACGCUCGGCUCGAACGAAUUUGCAUAA